UUACAAUCUAAACCAUAGAAUGAUAUAGCAAGAUACUGUCGUUUAUUUAUUUCUAGAACAUGGCGACGUCGUACAUCCUGAUCAAAGGGGCAACCGUGGUCCCCAUGCAGCCAUCGCGCGGCACAGUCCUCAAGGACCACGAUAUUGUGAUAGAAAACUCAUGGAUCAAAGCUGUAGGCACGAGCCUCUCUCUGCCGAGCGUCAAGGAUGGGAGUACAGCAGUCACGAUCGACGGCAGGAAUUACAUUAUCACCCCCGGCUUCGUCAACGGACACCAUCACCUGUGGCAGCACCUCUUGCGCGGGCUCACCCUGGACUGGUCUCUUUUUGGAUAUGCCUGCCAUCUGCGAAUGGUAUACGGGAGUUUGUAUACGGCGGAAGAUGUCGGCGUCGCCAACUAUGCGGCUGCGAUGAGCCUGCUGAAUAACGGCAUUACGACUGUGCUCGAUCAUUGCCAUGUCGUGAACUCGCCGGCGCAUGCUGAUGCGGCAGUCAAGGGGUUGAAAGAUGCAGGAAUUCGAGGGACGUUUUGCUAUGGCUUUUACCAGAAUCCGCCUAUUCCUGGGGUGCCGGAGAGUGCAGCUACUGAUGCCUUUGAUGACCAGGCCGCGCGGUUUAAGGAUGCGCGCCGGCUGCGACGUGAACAUUUCCCAAGCAAUGACCUUGGCGAGACACUUCUUACCUUUGGAGUGGCACUGGAUGAUCCGACAAACCUGUCGGCCGAGGAAAAUGUCAGGGGGUUGGAGGUUGCGAGAAGGCUGGAGCCUCGGAUUACCACGGCGCAUGCUUCAGUCGUAUCCCACGGCGAGCCAAAGCCUGAGAUCGUGCAGCAGCUUGAGGACGCCGGAAUCAUGGGAUCAGACCUCGUUUUGAGUCAUGGGGUUUGGUUUACGAGCGACGAGCUGGAGGCCGUGCGGAGGUCUGGAGCAGGCGUUGUGGGCACACCGGACACAGAGCUGCAGAUGGGCAUGGGAUAUCCCAUCGUGUGGAAGGCGAGUGAUCUGGGCUGUCGAACCGGUCUUGGGCUGGACAUCACUUCCAACCAGGGGAACGACUUUGUCGCGCAGAUGAGACUGACACUGCAGGCACAACGUGCGCGCGAGUAUGACCAGACGGUGCAGCGGGACCUGGGCAGAAAGACAGCAGAUGUGCUCCAUAUGGCGACUCUGGGUGGCGCAGAGGCAAUGCAGAUGGAGUCGAUCGUUGGGUCUAUUGUCCCUGGCAAAAAGGCCGAUUUGGUCUUGUUUCGAUGCGAUGAUAUCGAGACAGUGCCCGUGCUGGAUCCCAUUGCAACGGUGGUCUUCCAUGCAUCGCCCAAGAACAUCGACACCGUCAUCGUCGAUGGGAAUAUCGUCAAGCAGGACGGUCGUCUAACCCAGCUGGACUGGUCAUCGCUACAGAAGCAGGUACAAAGCAGGUCUGAACGACUGAGGGACGAGGCAGCAAAGGUGGACAUGAGCAGUGCAGAAACUCGCUUCCAAGCGAUAUUCCAACGUGUGAUGCACGGAUAGGACCAUUAGAUACAGAAAGAAAUGCAGUAAUGAUCAGGUAGAAACGCUGGUAACCAAUCGCUCGAAGCUCAUGGAAGAAGCCUUGUCGAUUGUACUGAAAGAAUUGCGGUGGAGGAAUGGGCCCAAUCUGCAUGACUUCCAGACUGGCGGCGUUGCCGGUGGCGAGAUAGGCGAUUUUAUACUCGUUCAGAUUGUCUGGGUAAAUAUUGAAGAAGGGAUUGUCAGGCCAAUAAUUAGAAUAGUUGAAAUAACCAUAAUUAGGUGGAAAUAGAGGAGGGUAAUCAUGGAAUGAAUUUUCAAGUGCU